AUGUUUCACAUUUCUUCAGAUGAUGGCACUGUAUAUAGUUCAGGAGACAACACAUUCGGACAGUUAGGAAGAGAAACAGAAUCAUCAAAAUUGCUUCCUGUCCAGAUCAACUUCCAUCCUAUUUCUCUUUCAGCUGGGCUUGGCCACUCUCUUCUGCUGUACCACCUACCUUCCAAUGGAGCUGCUCAUGAAGCCACAGGGAUUCUUUCAUGGGGAUGGAACGGAAGCUCGCAGCUUGGCCGCCAUGGACAGGAAAAGGUUCCUUCUCCUGUUGAAGGACUUGAGGGACGAAGAGUGGUUUCAGUUUCAGCAGGGCGAGUUCAUUCAAUAAGUCUGACAUCAAAGGGAGAAGUUUUGACGUGGGGUUCAGGAAGAAAUGGUAGGCUGGGAUUGGGGAGCUCUGCGGAUGAAGCUGAGCCCACUUUUGUUGAGUGCUUGGAAGGUGUUGAAGUCCUGCAGGCUGUAGCUGGCCUUGACCAUAAUUUGCUUCUUGUUGCUGAGUAG